AAUUUUUUCUUUCCUGUUAUAGUUUUUUUUUUAUAGAAAAAUGAAAGUUUAUUUAAUAUUUUACUUUGUUGCUGCAAUAUUAUGUGAAAUUGAAGAUGGUGUUCAAUAUAUUGUUGGUGCUGGAAAAAUGGAUUGUUUUUAUAGGAAACUUUCUAAAGGGGAUAUGAUGGAUUUUGAUCUUCAGGUUCUUUCCGGAGGUGAAAUUGAUAUAACCUUGGUGAUUCGAUCGAUGAUUACCGGCAGAGAAUAUUUAAACGAGUUUCGUCAAACAGAAGUUAGUAAAGAAAUAAAUAUUGAAGAAGAUGGUCCUGUUGAAAUUUGUUUUGAUAACAGAUACAGUAAAUUCUGGGAUAAAGUUAUUUACUUUGAUCUGGGAAUUGACGAGUCAGAAAAUAAGACUGGUCUUGAUCAUGAAGAACUUUUUAAAGGUUUACAUCUUGAAAAGGAUGGAUACGAUAACAAUAAUGUUAUAAUGGUUAAGCUUGAAAGCAUUGGUCUAAAAUUUGAGACAAUAGAACAAUUUCAGUUAAUUUUUCGAUCGCGUUACAAGAGACACCGUUCUUUACAAGAACACAAUCAAUGGCUUGUGACAUGGUUUUCAUCUAUGUCGUGCAUUUUAAUGAUUGUUGUUGGUAUACUUCAAGUUUUUUUAAUACGAAACCUAUUCAAGUCAAAACAACAAAAAGGCAUGCAUAGUGGUUUGUGAUUUUGUAAUUGUUUUCGAUAGUUGCUGUUUUAAACAAACCGUAACGAAAAAAUAAAAAGAAAAUUUUUAUACAAAUUAAAACGAUAUUUCUAUUUUUAUAAAACUUUCUACUCAACUAGUAAUUAUGUUAUUCUAAUAUUUUGUUGAAUCAUUUAUUCAGAUGUUUUUAACCAAUAGUUUUAUUAUACAAUUAUUUCCAUUCCA